UGAGUUAUUACAUGCUGGUCAGCAUUAAUUUUCGGCCAAAAUUUUUUUUUUAAAAUUCGAUUUGAUUUGUAAGAAGAAGAGAAGAAAAAUGUCUCAAUUUCUUGAUGAACGAGACAAUGAUGAUCUAAUGUUGUUGAAUACUCAAUGUAGUAAUUUUGAUUAUGGUGAAUAUUCACAACGAUUAUCAAAUUCACAACAACCUUCAUCAUAUAAUCAUCAUGAUGUUUUUGGUCAAGAUGUAGCAGGUGGCUCAUCAUCAAACAAUAGUGUAGCUGAUCCAAUUACAUCGGAUAUAACUGGUAUAACACAGAAUUUUAGUGAAUUAAAUUUCGAAGAUGAAGAUGAUGAUAAUAUUAUCGGUGGUAGUGGUGGUGUUGGUGAUUAUAAUAAAGAAUUACCUGGACAUGCUUGUAAAUAUUGUGGUAUACAUGAUCCGAAUACUGUUGUACAAUGUAAUAUUUGUAAAAAAUGGUUCUGUAAUGGUCGUGGUAAUACAUCGGGCAGUCAUAUUAUUAAUCAUUUAGUUCGAUCGAAACAUAAAGAAGUUAGUCUACAUAAAGAUGGUACACUUGGUGAUACAGUGCUUGAAUGUUAUAGCUGUGGUUGUCGUAAUGUAUUUGUAUUGGGAUUUAUACCAGCUAAAGCUGAUUCGGUUGUUGUAUUGCUUUGUCGACAACCAUGUGCAGCACAAUCCAGCCUCAAGGAUAUGAAUUGGGAUCCUGAUCAAUGGAAACCAUUGAUUUCAGAACGAAUGUUUCUUUCAUGGUUAGUAAAAGUUCCGUCGGAUGAAGAACAACUUCGUGCUAGACAAAUUACCGCUCAACAGAUUAAUAAAUUGGAAGAACUUUGGAAGGAAGGUAGUUCAGAGGCAACAUUUUUGGAUCUAGAAAAACCUGGUGUCGAUGAAGAACCACAACAAGUAUUGGUCAGUUAUGAAGAUGCAUAUCAAUAUCAAGGUAUAUUUUCACCAUUGGUCAAAUUGGAAGCCGAUUAUGAUAAAAAAUUGAAAGAAUCGCAAACACAAGAUAAUAUUGAAGUAAGAUGGGAUGUUGGUUUGAAUAUGAAAAUUAUUGCCUAUUUUCGUAUUGCUAAAUCUGAUACUGAUAUGCGUUUGAUGCAUGGUGAUGAACUUAAACUUCGUUAUGUUGGUGAUCCAUCCAAACCAUGGUCCGGUAUUGGUCAUGUAACAAAAAUCCCCGAUAAUUAUAGUGAUGAAGUUGCAAUCGAAUUGAAAACAAAUCAUAAUGUACCUACUAAUUGUAAUUCAAAUUUUGCUGUUGAUUUUGUUUGGAAAUCUACUAGUUUUGAUAGAAUGCAAGCUGCUUUACGUCGAUUUACCAUUGAUGAUACAUCGGUUAAUAGUAGUAUCUAUCAUAAAUUACUUGGCCAUAAUUUGGAGGAUAAACAAAUGUCUAAAUCAUCUAAUAUCAAAUUGAAUAUACCACCGAAUUUGCCUGAACUUAAUAAAUCACAAAUGUUUGCUGUUAAACAAUCAGCAUCGAAAAGUUUAACCCUGAUUCAAGGACCACCGGGUACUGGUAAAACAGUUACAUCGGCAUCGAUUGUUUAUCAUUUUGUACGAUCAGGUUCAACACCUGUUUUGGUUUGUGCACCAAGUAAUAUUGCUGUCGAUCAAUUAACGGAAAAAAUUCAUCUGACCGGAUUGAAAGUAGUGCGGAUAUGUGCAAAAAGUCGUGAAGCAAUUAGUUCACCUGUAUCAUUUCUUGCAUUACAUAAUCAAAUUCGUGAAAUGGUUGGACAUUCAGAAUUUCGUAAAUUACAACAAUUAAAAGAUGAAACCGGAGAGCUGUCAUCAUCCGAUGAAAAACGUUAUCGAAUAUUGAAACGACAAUGUGAACGUGAAUUAUUAGAAUCGGCUGAUGUUAUUUGUUGUACAUGUGUUGGUGCUGGUGAUCCACGAUUAUGUCGAUUUAAAUUUCAUUCGAUGCUUAUUGAUGAAUCGAUGCAAGCAACUGAACCUGAAUGUAUGGUACCAGUAGUUCUUGGCGUACGACAAUUAGUACUUGUUGGUGAUCAUUGUCAACUUGGUCCAGUGGUUAUGUGUAAAAAAGCAGCUAAAGCUGGUCUUUCUCGAUCACUAUUCGAACGUUUAGUUGUACUUGGUAUACGUCCUAUUCGUUUGGAAGUUCAAUAUCGUAUGCAUCCAUCGUUAAGUGAAUUUCCAUCGAAUUUAUUCUAUGAAGGAUCAUUACAAAAUGGUGUUCAUGGAUCCGAAAGGCAAUUGAAAGGAAAUGAUUUUCCAUGGCCAAUACCAGAUCGACCAAUGUUUUUUUAUUGUUGUCAAGGACAAGAAGAAAUUGCUGGUUCUGGUACAUCGUAUUUGAAUCGUACAGAAGCUGCUUAUGUUGAAAAAAUUAUUACAAGAUUUUUGAAAUCCGGAUUGAAACCCGAACAAUUGGGUGUGAUUACACCGUAUGAAGGACAACGUUCAUUUUUGGUACAAUAUAUGCAACAUAAUGGAUCAUUUCAUACGAAAUUAUAUCAGGAAAUUGAAGUGGCCAGUGUUGAUGCAUUUCAAGGACGAGAAAAAGAUAUUAUCGUAUUUUCCUGUGUUCGUUCGAAUGAACAUCAAGGUAUUGGAUUUUUGAAUGAUCCACGACGAUUGAAUGUAGCAUUAACUCGUGCAAAAUAUGGAAUCAUUAUUGUUGGUAAUCCAAAAGUUUUAUCCAAACAACCAAUUUGGAAUCAUUUACUGUCAUUUUAUAAAGAACAACGUGUAUUGGUUGAAGGACCAUUGAAUAAUCUAAAAGAAAGUUUGAUACAAUUUUCUAAACCACGUAAAAUGAUUAAUCCGAUUACGAAUGGACUUUCACCAUUUAAUUCGGUUGCACAACCUAUGAUGAACACUAACAGCAGUAAUAAUAAUCAAUUUCAAAUGCCAACAUUACCAUUUGCAAUGAAUAAUCGUUUUGGACAUGGAUUAUUAUCGAAUCCGAUCGGAAAUCCGAACAAUAAUAAUGAUCGUGAUGAAUAUUCAAAUUAUUCAUCAAGUCAAACAAAUUCACAACCAUAUAGUCAUCAUAAUGUUCAUCAUCCACAACCACCACCAUCACAUCAUCAUCAUUAUCGAUCUAAUCAACAUGAUCAAUUAUCCUAUAUUGCUAAUGAUCGUGCACAAACUAAUUUGGCUGCCAUAUCAAAUUUUCCAGUACCGAUUGGUCUUUUCAUAACGAUGCCACAAAAUUAUUAUGGACAAAAUCAACAACAACAUCAACAGAUGGCUCAUAACCAAAGAUCGAAUAAUGGUAAACAACAACAAAAUAAAAGAUAUAAUCGUAAUAGUGGUACGGUUAGUCGAAGUAGUCAGGAUAGUCAGAAUUUAUCACAAAAUUUGCUUACACAACCUGGUACAUUUGGUCAAUUAUCUUCAUCGAAUAGUCAACAACAACAACAUCCAGGUGCUGGUCUUUAUUCGAUGCAAGGAUAUUCACAACAUCUUCUUUCACAAACAGAUCUAUCACAGGAUCCAUAUAGCUUUGAAGAUAGAUCUCAAUUGGAUGGACUUUUAUCACAAGAAUCUGCUUACCAUGAUCGAAGUCAUCUAUAUCUAUCAUCACAAACAGCCAAUCCAGGUGGUGGUGGUGGAACACAGCCUAAUUAAUUUAAUUAAUAUUUAUCCAUUCUUUUCUUGCAUUGUUGUUUGUUCUGUUGUUGAUAAACACAUUUUGAGUUUUUUC